CAAAUUGAGAAGGUUUAAGAAAUGUUGUCUUAGUUACUCUAAGUCACCCGAGGGAGAACUUGUGUCCUAAGAGAACCCACAUGUCUGAUUGUCUUCCAUUGACAGUUAAGGCAUCAGAAGCCCUGCCCUCUGAGGGCCAACACAACUGUGUGCAUUCAGGCUGGAGACGCAUCCAUCACAGCUGAGUCAAGAGGCUGAGUGCUCAGUCGGAUCUGUCGCUUACUGAUAAUGUUGUGGAGCUGAUGACAGGGUGUCAGCCUCUGUCCAGCCUCCCUCUACUGACUGUACAAACAGCCCCAGCCAUGUGGCGUUCAUACUUUCUGCUGGCGGCGCUGUUGUGGAGGGCAGACCCAGUGUCAGGGUUCAGUAAUGGGAAGGUGAGUGUUGCCUGUGGAGACAUGGUGCCUCAGCAUGAACAUGACCCCAGCCCUGCCCCCCCUCCCUUCAGCAUCACCGUGGAUACAUCCUCAUUCAGCCCUGGUGACAACAUCACGGUGACUUUACAAGUGGCCUCCUCCACCCCCACAUACUUCAUGGGCUUCCUGAUAGAAGCUCGGGAAGCUGGGAAAUUGAACUCCCAAGCCGUGGGUUCCUUCGUCCUCACUGACCCGCAGGAGUCCCAGCUGCUGCAGUGCGGACACACUCAGGGAUCUGGGGUGAGCCACAGGAGAGGCAAAAGAAAGACUCACAUUCAGGCGGUGUGGGAACCUCCAAACAACCCUCCACAAAGAGUCCAGUUUCUUGUGACAGUGGUGCACGAGUUUGAGGUGUACUGGGUGAGGAUUAAAGGUCCCGUGGUGUCUCUUAAAGGAUCGACUGCUGCUCCAUCAACUCCUGUUCCUGCUCCAACCACCAGCUCCACCCCUCUGUCUGAACCGUUUAGUUCAGCGGGGUGUGGACGCAGUAAAUCUUGCCUCAGAGAUCCAGUGGGCUGUCACCCAGAGUCAGAUCCCGCCUGUUUCUUCCUGUCGUUCGUUACUGAUCAACCUGGAUCGAGUGUGAUGUUUGAAUUGAGCGGGCCAGCAGAAGGAUACUUGGCCUUUGCCCUCUCUCUGGACAAAUGGAUGGGGAAUGAUGAAGUCUACAUGUGUGUGAAUGAUGGAGGUAGCGUUACCAUCAGUGCUUCAUACGUCUCUGGACGAACACACCCUGAGCUGGAGAUGCAGAACCUGUGGGGUCGGGCAUGGAGGUUUGCUGAUGGGUCAAUCCAAUGUCGUUUCCAAAGGAAAACCUUUCUCCCUCAUGCCGAGGGCAGGUUCAACUUAAACCAGAGCUACUUCCUGUUUCUUGCAAACGGAAGAUCCCACCAGGGUUUAAUCCACAGACACGAUCGCCAACCUCUCAUCUCCACCAACCAGAAGGAGAUCACGGGUCAUCCUGAGGAUCUAUGUGGCUCCCGCUCCCCUCUGCUCAUCAAGUUUCAUGGUGUUCUAAUGCUGACGGUCUGGAUGUGGAUGGUGAGCACAGCCAUCUUCAUCGCUCGCCACUACAAAAACACCUGGCCUGAGACGACUGUGCUGGGACAAAAGCUCUGGUUUCAGCUUCAUCGAACCAUGAUGGUGUUGGCUGUGCUUCUUACUGGAGUGGCCUUCACCCUGCCUUUUAUAUACAGAAGGGGAUGGAGCAAGCGUGCAGGCUCUCACCCUUACAUAGGCUGCACCGUCAUGGCUCUGUCAGUCAUCCAGCUCAUUAUGGCAGCUCUGCGACCGGCCCCGGACUCCCCCAGGAGGAUUAUCUUCAACUGGAUGCACUUUGUGACAGGCACGGGUGGCCAGAUACUCGCUGUGGCAUGUGUGUUCCUGGGUGUCGCUCAGCAGGCGCUGCUGUUACCCGGCCCCUAUUCUCCCGCAAUGCUGACUGCAUGGCUGCUGUGGAUCGUGCUGGCACACCUGCUGCUUCAAAUUCAUUCCUGCAGACUCAGGAGAGGAGGGAGCAGCGACAGUGAGGACAAGGAGAACAUUCGGUUUGCUCAGUCAGGGAGGCAGCAGCCUGAAGAGAAAUCCCAAGUCAAGAAGAUGGUGUUUGUGGUGUUCCUGAUGGGAAACACAGCGUUCCUGGCUGCCUUUUUAAAAGCUAUUGCAAGUGUGUGAUGAUCACAAAGGAUUAUCUAUGUAAUCGAGUGCAUAUUUCUGCUUUUGAAGGACACUUUCUGUUGCUAUUACUUGGUGUAAGUUACUUAAUUCAUAACUCUGGGGAUAUUUUAAAUAGUACCGCAACCAGACCUUCAUUUUCAAACCCGUUAGAUUCCUAGGAAUGUACUGAGCACAUUUAUACUCCGCAGAGAGUGAACCAUUUCCAUUUCGGAUAAUUGAGCAACUUUCCCUGUGCCCCCCUCAGGCUGUUAUCUUUGCACACAAGUAAUCUCAUUAUGAAAAAACACCCGACAAACGAAGCCAACGUUCUGCUUUCACAUUGUUUAUUGUUGCACUAGUCUCUUCAAUAAUUGCACGAGGAAUACAAAGUAAAAAGCCCCCGAAUAUUAAGUCAUAAGCCUGAAAAAGCCAUGUCAGGGACUUUUCACACAAUGUUUAAACAUCAGCAAGCAACCUUGAGAUUUUGUAAGCUAUAAUUGAACAAUGAAGCGUACAAACAUGGGAUGUAAAAACAAUGCUGUUUAAGGUCAGUCCAAUCUAAGGAAAAGAAGCUCUAAGAAGCUGAAGAUAACAAGGCUUUGUAAAUAAUGAUAACGAUCAUCAUUCAAUAGUUUUAUUUUUAGGAAAUCCCUUUUUUUUCAGACAAUUGUCCUGGAACAUAAAAAAAGAAGUUGAAUGAAAAUAAGAUGUAAGUAUACUGUAUCUUCACUUUACAGUAUAUAAAGGAACAUUCAUUUAUAGUUAUAUCGUAUAGAGAAUAAAAUACCAUCUUUUGGAAA